AUGAGUUGUGUUCUGUUGCUUGCACUGACGUUGCUAGUCAAUUCCAUUUAUGGCGACUAUUUUGUGAGUGACAGGCCAAAUUUCAGUACAAUUGGCAUACUUUUGCAGACGUCAACCACGUUCAUCUUCCAAAACACGUGCCCCAGCAGCACUACGUCGACUACUUUGACCACGAAGACGACAAAAACCACGGUCACGCCUACAACCACGACUACAGUUAGUGUAUGUUUGUGAGAAGAAAUAGUGCAAAAAGUAAUCCGAUUCAUUGCAGGAAUCUUCGACAGAUCCGACGUCGACCACCAGUAGAAGCGUCGAAUCGCCGACGAGCCUGCCAACUUCGACGUCCACAACUGAAUCGAGCACCACGGAAGAGGGGAGCACGAGAGGUUUGAGCACUUCGUCCUCUGUCGCCACUUCCUCGCAAACGACUCGGGCAUCUGAAACAAGUAGCAGUGCUGCCGCUACUUCGACUUUGACAAUUCCAACGUCUUCUCCAUUUUCCUCCCUCUCCUCGUCCACUUCUGCACACACUCUUACCGAUUCUCAGUCGACAUCCUCGACGACUCUCGUCACUUCGACAGCUGAAACAAGUAGCACCACUCGUGUCCCGGCUGCUAGCAGUUCUUCUUUGCCCUCCACUACGUCUCCAUCAUCGCCUUCCCUUGCCUCAUCAGUUUCGACGUCCACUUCUACUGGUUCUCAAUCGACAUUAACAACUACUUUAUCUAUGUUUUCCUCUUCUAGCCCUCUCGAUUCCACAAUGUCCACUUCGCCGAUUGUCACCUCAACGGCCGUUUCCGACGUGACGUCUCAAUCUGUAGGCAGUAGUGAAAGAACUACGACUGCUGAUUCAACAGUGGGUGUGUCGUCCACAGUUUUCGCUUCUACACAAAAAUCGACGUCUUCCCCAACUGUGACGUCUGACUCUAUAGGAACUUCUAUUCCAUCCACCUCGGUUCCCACUUCAACCGAGACCGAUUCUCAGUCGACAUCUGAAAUCAGUAGCAGUUCCUCGUCGACCGGCCCUUCUACAAGCAUCUCAACCGCGACUCCGUCUUCUUCGAACACUUUCCCCGACCACACUACUUCUUUUCGUAGCUCUGAUCGCACAACAACUACUGAAAUGCCUUCUACGACUUAUCCUCCUCUGGUUCCUUCCUCCUCUCACUAUCCUUCGACUAUUACGACAGCAUCUUCAAUAGCUUUGUCUACUUUGCCCUCUACUAGUGCAACGUCAACCACCUCGACAAUGAUUUCUUCUACGCAAGUUGUCAGCUCUUCUGGGACUUCAUCUUCUUCCACACCUUCAUCUUCAAUUGUAUCUUCUUCUAUAGCUUCCACUCUCCCGUCCGGAAGUUCUAUUCCGAGCACAGCGACUAGUUCAACGUCUACUUCUAGUCUGACCACAUCUCCAACUACGACUUCCUCCGAACCCGACACGAGUACCCUCAUCCAGUCCCAAUCGACGUCUCUACCAACUUGCUGUGAAGGAAGCUCCAACUGUUCGGAUCUUAAUGAGAGAAUUUCGGAUGACACGAACAUGCUUGUAUAUAUGACCAAUGUAAGUUGGGAAGCAAUGCCUAUGGACAACUUUGAAUUCAGAAUCAAUACCUAUGCACAAGCGCGCCGUACACGUUUGCCACGUCAAUGCACGUCACGUCAAUAUAUCCGUCGCGAAAACUGAUAAUGAACUACAAAACACUUCAAACGUUUGAUACGUACGAAUGGAGAAACGGACAAAAAUACGCACUCGAGUACGGGAAAACGUAUCCAGGAUUGGACAUUCUUAGAAUCGUGUAUGGAACCGAUGGAGAGGUAGUUUUUUAAACAUAAAAACGUUGUUAUGCGUCAGUAAACGUUCACGUUCAGAACACUGCAAUAAUGGAGCUCACACAAAACUCGUGCUCGACAGAUCCGACUGAUUGCCCUCCGUUCGCAUUCGAGGAUGUCACAAAGAUCGAGCUGUUGAUGUGUGCGGAUCCGACGUGGAACUCCUACAAUGCCAGACAAUAUUUUGCCGAGAGAACGCGUUGCCUCUCGGAUACAAAUUGUGAUAUUCGCAUUUGA